CUAUUCUCUCACACAGGCUGUGCGGUCGAGGUACAGGAGUACCUCGCAUGUAAACAAUCAACAGGUGUUUCUGAUCAGAAAUUGAAUGAAUGCAGACAAUAUAUUGGAAAGGAUUACAAAGCUGUUCGGCAACAUGCAUUUGUGCGUAGAAUAUUAUUGAAAUAUUUCCCAACAAAUAGGGAAAAAAGCAGCAAAUUCUAGCGGUAAACAGAAGUGUCCUUGACCUUGUCGGUGUGCUUUGUCGUGGUUGCUGUGGCAACGGUUUGUGGAGGCCUCAAGAUGACGCUGUAUUUCGAUACGAAAGUCCAAUUCCUGGACAGUGAAGCAAUAAGUACCGUUAGCUGUUGGCAUCCGAAUGAACCAAUUUUUGCUGUGGCGUCUUAUAGUAACGAACGUGGUGGAUCCGUUACAAUUUUUGAUGAUACGGGUAUACCCCUUCGGAACGUGACCUAUCCAGUCCACACAACCUCGCAAGCAACUGUCCUAACUUGGCACCCGGAGAAGAAAAUUCUCCUGAGUGGAUGGGAGAAUGGAGAAAUACAUGCCUGGUUUGAGGGUAAACGCGAUUUCACAACGAUUAAUGGACCCCACAAAUCUCCGAUCAUGCUGCUGGAGUUUAGUGAGAAAGGUGGUCGCGUUAUCACUGCGGAUGCAAUGGGAUGUCUUACUGGGUGGCGAUAUGAUGGACACGGGCAGUUUUUGACUAUGUUCAACCAUGACUUGAGGGACCCUCUGCUGCACAUUACAUUUAGGAAGUCCUUCGAAAGCGCGAGCAAUCGCGAGCUAACCAGUUUGGCGAAGGCAGCGGUAGCGGGUGACGAAGCUGCUCUGGAUACGCUGACCACCUGGCGGCCAAGAACGGCCGUACGAAACCUGACACAUACGGCUUUGCAGGAUAACUACUGCUUUUAUGCGUGUACCCAAACUGGUAUUUUGUUUUACAUUAAUCAGAGUGGAACUUGUACGGAAAUUGUGCGAGGGGACAGUAUUCCCAUUAUACAGAUUCUGUGGCAUCCAAAACAAGAAUCAAUCGUACUUCUGCUGGAGGACAUCACCAUCGGGCACUACGAGGUGGACGCUAACGGGCAAAUUACGGAGUUGGAUCGCGUCAAGCUGUCCGGUUCGGUUAAGGUUUCCGGGUAUAAGAGCGCCAUCACGUGGGUCGCCGGAGUUGGUGCGGCACUAGCGAUACUCACGGGCGACAUGUCGGUAAGAAUUUGGGACAUCGAAAGCAACGACAAUUACGUGCUGUCGAUGGAGUUGACUAGCGGAGUCACGGCUGCUGCUGACAAGAAUAAUGUGCCGAUCCGACAUCCGGCGGUAGAGGUAUUCACGUGUGUUUCGUACUGCAAGGACAACCAAACCUUGAGCGCUGGCACCAACCAGGGCAAUCUGUACACGUGGAGACGUCUGAACGUGAACAGAUCAUACGACUAUCCGGAGAAUCAGUGGCAACUAACGAAUGUGACACCGGUCAGGGGAACUAUCAAAAGCCUGACCUGGGGUAUAACGGACGCAAAUCGACCUUGUAUGAUGGUAAACUGUCUGUCGAAUGUGUUUAUUUUGAAGGAGCAAGCACUGCUCGCCAGCCACACCCGCACCCUGUGGGCUACACAGAAAAAGUCGAAUGAACUAGCGCUGGUGCAGCAAAAUUCAUCUUCUGGCGGGGGCGAAGCUAAACGACGGACAGCGGUGAUGAAAAGCGAUAAUUCCAUUAUCCAUCUUGCGCUGAACGAGAUAAAUCUUGUUGUAACGAACGGCUCUUCGGUGUCUGUUUAUCGGGUGGGCAGUUUUGGGGUUGGGGGCGGCUCGUCCAUCGUUUCGCCGCCGGCCACACUGGCAACUGGUGACGAAAAUACUGAUGUGCUGUCCAUCACCCAGGCUGGCAGUUUCGUCGUUGAUUGUGUUGCGAUUUACCUAUACGAGCAGAACGUCGUUGCGCUUGGUUUGGAGCAAGUGAAGAUUUAUUCGUUGAGCGGAGUGGUACUGCAGGAGAUAGCUUUCAGUGACAAUGAAGGAAAACCAAUCGGGGUGGACCUUCUUGGCCAUUUUCUAACCAUUUUCACAAUGAACGGUUACAUCAAACUGUUCGACAUUUCACGCCACGAGAUGAAACUGGUGCAGGCUCCGAAGAGUGGGUACGAUUUGUUCGAAAAGUUUGGCGAAGUAAUUUACGCUAAGAGCAACUCGGCUGGGACCCAUGUGGCUUUGACCAUCGCCAACGAGCAGUUGCUUCCGGAUGGGAAGCUUUAUCUGUGGAAUUUGGAGAGCAGCAGUGUCAAGUAUUAUGAGUUUACGAGCCCGAUCGAAGCGGACGCGGUGAUCCGUCAUUUGCCGAUCAAUUUCUUCUGGGACGCGGAAGACCCACGGAUGUUGGCUUGUGAAACAAAACCCAUUCAUGGCGGGGGUUUGAAGGGCGCCGCUGCGAAAAGCACCAACAUACCGGAGUCUCAGAUAAAUAUACUGUUUGUUGAGCAGAAAAGCUCGCAGCUCAAAGAGCUUGAGCUGAUUGAGCUUGAUAGUGGGGAGCACUUGAUUAAUUUGUGCACUCCACAUGUCGUGAUUUUGAGGUUAAAUCAAAUUGAACGCAUUCCGUUGCGGGAUUUCAAGGGUUUAGAGGAUUGUGAUUUGAUGACGCGGAACAUGGUUCUGAAUUUUAGCUUGAAUGUGGCGCAGGAAAAUAUGGAUCAGGCAUUCAGCUGUAUUCGGUCGCUGAAGUCGGACACUGUGUGGACGAAUUUGGCUAAAUUGUGUGUCCACACGGGGCGUUUGGAUGUGGCUAAGGUUUGCUUGGGUCAUCUCAAGCGAGCAAGGUCGGUUCGGGCGCUGAGAAAGGCAAUGGAAGAUACGACCCUGGAGCACGAAUGUCGGGUUGCGAUUCUAGCGAUUGAACUGAAUAUGAUACCGGAAGCGGAAGCUCUAUACAAAAAGGUUGGGAGGUAUGAUCUGUUGAACAAGAUGUAUCAAGCUGCAGGGAGGUUCGACGAAGCUUUGGAAAUUGCGGAGCAUUUAGACAGAGUUCAUUUGAAAAAUACAUACCAUAAGUAUGCGGAAUGGUUGAAGGAAAAUGGGAAAACACAAAAAGCCAUUCAGUACUAUGAGAAGACGAAUAAUUUGAUCCACAACGUCAGCCAGCUGCUCAUGGAUGAUCCCGUCGCAUUGAAGAAGUACAUGCAGAGUACGAAGGAUCCGGAACUGUUGAAAUGGUGGGCGCAGUAUAUUGAAAGCAGCGGAGACAUGGAGGGUGCAUUUAAGAUUUACCAGAGAUCGGACGAUUGGUUUUCACAGGUAAGGAUCCUUUGUUUUAUUGGACAGGUGGAUAAAGCGGACGAGAUUGCGAAAAAUAGUGGUGAUCGAGCAGCGUGUUAUCAUCUUGCCAGAUACUACGAGAACAGCGGAAAGUUUCCGGAAGCUAUCCAAUUUUACACGAGAGCGCAAACAUAUGGUAAUGCUGUUCGGAUUUGCAAGGAGAACGAUCUACAAGACGAUCUCUGGACGGUCGCUUGCACGGCUCGAUCCAGAGAUAAGGCCUCCGCAGCGGCGUACUUCGAGGAAAACGGAGAUUACCGACGAGCAGUCGAACUUUAUCAUCGAGCGGGAAUGCUACACAAAGCUGUCGAAAUGGCCUUCAAAUCCCAGCAGCCGGAGUCGCUGCAGGUUAUUGCUUCCGAGCUAGACGUAAAUUCUGACCCGGAACUGGUGAGUCGCUGUGCGGAUUUCUUCAUUGGCAUUGAACAAAGCUACAAGGCCGUACAGUUGCUAGCGAAUGCUCGGCAACUCGAGCGGGCGUUGGAAGUUGCCGCUGAACACACCGUACCAUUGACCGAGACAUUGGCAGAACUGUUAACGCCUACCAAAGAUGAAGUUCCGGAACCAACGCGUCUUGUUAUCCUAAUUAAACUUGGUGAGAUCCUUCAGGAGCAAGGAGAUUACCAUUCGGCGACGAAAAAAUUCACCCAAGCGGGGGAUAAAAUCCGAGCAAUGAAGAGCUUGUUGAAGUCCGGCGACACGGAAAAAAUAAUUUUCUUCGCCGGGAUGUCACGUCAAAAGGAGGUUUACGUAAUGGCCGCUAAUUACCUGCAGGCCCUAAGUUGGCAGAGUGACUCGAAAAUUUUGAAAAAUAUUGUUACAUUCUACACAAAAGGACAGGCUUACAAUCAGUUGGCGAAUUUUUACGCCAAUUGUGCCCAAGCUGAAAUCGAUGAAUUUCGUGAUUAUGAUAAAGCCCUAAAGGCCCUGCAGGAAGCGGGAAAAUGCGUUGCGAGAGCUACCCCACCGUCGCAGAAAAUCAACGAUACGCUCCAGCAGGCGAUGAAGGAGGUUCGAAAAGUUAUCGAUCUUCAGGAUGCGGUCGAGCGAAGGGAGUUCCUCGCUGCAAUUAAGAUACUGAAGGUACAGUUGGAGGAUCAGAUUGCUCCGCCGGUAAGAAUUUGGGAUUUGUUGGCGAUGCUGAUAGAGUGCUUAGUCGCCACAAGCCAAUACUCGGAGGCAUUGUACUAUUUGAAACAGCUGUCCCAGAAAAAACUUGACUGGUACCAGCAAGAGUUGAUCGAGAAGAGUGUGCUGGACAAGAUUGUGCUUGAAACGGGGGCCAAUUUGGAGCCGCUCGUUGGUUCUGGCCGGGUUAUGAGGCCGCUGACUUCGUCCACCAUAACGAUGGACAGUGACGAGGAGGAGAUACAGGAAGUGUUUGAUCAGUGAGUUUUACAGAAUGAGAUUAUCAUAUGAAUAAUAAAGAAUA